AUGGAAACUCUCCAUGAAGCUACCCCCAUUGACGACGGACAGAACGUUACCUUGAUCGAGACGGAGGACAGCCAAGACGUCGAGGACGAUGUGCCAACAGGGCAUAAGAAGAGCCUCUGUGUCAUCCUGUCGGACGAAAAUGAGAGGCUGGUGGGUGAGUGGCUUGAGCACGAGGCCCAAUUCAUAUACAACAAGAGGAUGGCUGCUUACAAGGACAAAGCCAAGGUGUGGAAGGCCUUUGAUGACAAGGGCAUGUCCCUUAGGCCACCAGUGACUGGAAACGAGCUCCGGACGUGGUUCACAUCCCUCAAGAGCCGUUUCGGACGCCUCACCGCCGAGAAGAGUGGCCAAGGGGCGAGCAGACGACUGACGGACCAGGAGAAGUGGAUGUUGAACAUAUUCCACUUCCUCAAGCCCCACAUCAUCCGUCAGAAGAAGCCCAAGAUGUCGGGACUACCAAUGGUCUCUAGUUCUUAA